AUGACUACUCUUGCUGGAAGCAAUCAUCAUAAUAAUUAUAUUACCAAUCUACCUUUUGUUCAAUCUCCAACUUAUGGUAAUAACUCCAAUUUGGUAGAUAAUACAUUUUGUGGCAAUGAUCAAAUCAAUAUGAAUAAUAAUGGUAAUAAUAGUUAUUUGGAUGCUAAUAGUUCUCAAACGAUUAUUAAAUCUGAAUUUUAUUCUAAACAAGGAGAAGAAGAGUUCAUAUUAAACAGUGUUCCAAUCAAAACCGAAUUUUGUGACGAUGAUAGAAAUAACCAUCAUAAUGGCAAUAGUAGCGGUAACAAUGGUUAUGGUUAUGGUUUGGUUGAUAUCGAUCACAACUCUUCAAUCGAAUCAUCUCCUCACUUGUUAACAACAAAUGAUGAAUAUUAUGGUCUUUUAACAAAUUCCAAUAACAAUAAUCACAAUCACAACAGCAAUUGUAAUAAUUCGCCUCUCAGCUCACCAACAUCUACGUCACCCUCCAUAAUAACAUCAACCAAUAAUGCUGCGUCAUUAUCAUCUUCAAGAGCUUCCACCAAUCCUACUACUCCUACUAAUCAUGCAUCACCAAAUCUCAAUGUUACCGCUGCUGCUGCUGCUUCUUAUAAUGACCAGAUGAGGAUUAUCAUGUAUAAACCUGCUCCUCAAAAUGAUAGCAUAGCACUUGUUCAUCAAAAUAUUCAACACAAUUACAACAUGUCACCAUCAUUCUGGCUUCAAUCUGCUUCACCUGCUUCACCACAACAAAUAGCAGCAGCACCAGCAAUGAAUCAUCAUCAUCAUCGCCAACCAAAUAUGAUUCCAUUCGACUAUGCUCAUCAUAACCACAAUCAUAACCACAAUCACAAUCAUAAUCAUAACCAUACAGUAUCAGCUGUAGCAGAUAAUAAAGGCUGUAGUAAUGCACAACAACAAAGAUCGACGCCACAAUCUUCUACGACAUCAUCUGUUCAAAAUAAUCAACAAGUGAUUAAAUGUCCACAAGCAAAUUGUCCAAAAACAUUUACCCGGAUGUAUAACCUUAAAGCACAUCUUAGAUCUCAUUCACCAGCACGUCCUUACCAAUGCACAAUGUGCCCAAGAUCUUUCUCAAGAAAACAUGAUCUUCAACGACAUAUUAGAGUUCACACUGGGGUCAAACCUUAUGUUUGCCCAUGUUGUCAUAAGGCUUUUGCUAGAACAGAUGCUCUUCGUAGACAUUUCAAAAUGGAAGAGACCUGUAGAAAUUCUCCUGAAGUUCAAAAUAUGAAAACUAGAAAACGAUAUUCAGACUUAAAUAAUUGA